AUCAUUAUCCUCUGCCAGUCCCGGCAGAUCUGUUCACUAUGCUGAAUGGGGGAAAGUUCUUCGCAAAGCUUGACCUAGCUGAUGCUUAUUUGCAAGUGGAAGUCGAUGAAGCAUCUAAAGAGCUGCUUACUAUCAACACUCAUCGCGGUUUGUUUCAGUAUAACCGUCUACCUUUUGGAGUUAAGACUGCGCCGUCUAUCUUCCAACAACUAAUGGAUACAAUCCUGUCAGAUAUCGCAGGGGUUGCAGCUUAUCUCGAUGAUAUCUUGAUUGUUGCGAAGACGUUAGAACAGCUACGGGAACGCACGACAUUGGUACUACAACGCAUCAGUGACAAUGGUUUCCGGUUACGCCCAGAAAAAUGCCAGUUUCUAUUGCAGUCGGUAAAGUAUUUGGGAUUUAUCUUUGAUGCCGACGGUCGCAGACCGGAUCCUGAAAACAUCCGAGCUAUCAAACUGAUGCCUACUCCCACUAAUGUUUCCGAAUUACGAUCUUUUCUCGGUUUGAUCAGUUAUUAUUCAGCUUUUGUUCCCUCGAUGCAUGAUAUUCGCGCUCCAUUGAAUUGUCUACUGCAGAAGCAUAGCACAUGGAACUGGAAUAAAGAGUGUGACGCGGCUUUUGGUAAACUCAAGUCUAUAAUUAGCUCGGAAUUGUUAUUAACACACUACGAUCCAUCCAUGCCGAUCAUCGUAGCAGCAGACGCUUCAGCAUAUGGCCUAGGUGCUGUUAUUUCACAUCAGUUUCCAGACGCGUCAGAAAAAGCCGUUAUGCAUGCAUCCCGUACACUGACCCCAGCAGAAAAGAAGUAUAGCCAGAUAGAGAAAGAAGCUCUUGCCCUUGUGUUUGCUGUUCGCCGUUUCCAUAAGUUUCUGUACGGUCGGAGAUUCACGCUCCUCACAGAUCACAAGCCUCUGUUAGCAAUAUUUGGUUCAAAGUCUGGCAUUCCAGCCCAUUCUGCAAAUCGUCUUCAGCGAUGGGCCUUGGUACUUUUGGGGUAUGAUUUCGAAAUCCAAUAUCGACGCACUCUACAAUUCGGUCAAGCAGACGCUUUGUCACGACUCAUUAAUGAUCAAGUGGCGGCUGACGAAAACAUGGUGAUCGCAUCUCUGUCAGUAGAAGACCACGCAGAAUGUUAUCUGACAACCGCAGUUCGCGCAUUACCGGUGUCUGCAACAGACAUACAAAAGGCUUCUAGAAACGACCCCAUCAUCAAGAUGACGAUGAAAUAUGUCACUAAAGGUUGGCCGUCGAAAAAGUUUGAAGGUGACAUGAAGCAACUGUAUCAGCGGCGGGAUUCACUAUGCAUCGUGAACGAUUGUCUGAUGUUUGGUGAAAGAGUAGUGGUGCCAGCAUCCCUUCGUGCAAAAGUGCUGAGACAGUUCCAUCUUGGUCAUCCUGGGAUUAAACGAAUGAAGUCCAUAGCCAGAAGUUAUGCAUACUGGCCUCACAUGGAUCAACAUGUCACAGCGUUGGUUGAAAAAUGCAUGCGGUGUCAACAGGCGGCAAAGAUGAAUGCCAAAAUUCCGCCGGUUUCAUGGCCCAAACCUGAGCAUCCUUGGUCCAGGAUACAUGUCGACUUCGCUGGCCCAAUAAAUGGAACUAUGUAUUUAAUUGUCGUCGACGCCUUUUCUAAAUGGCCGGAAAUCAGCCCCGUUACGCCGCCCACUACAACUAAGACUAUACAGCUCCUAACUGAAAUUUUCUCACGGAAUGGCAUACCAGAUGUGAUCGUAUCCGACAAUGGCUCUCAAUUCACCUCUUCCCAAUUCCAGAAUUUCUGUCAACGGCUAGCUAUUAAACACUUACGCUCGCCACCAUACCACCCGCAAUCGAAUGGGCAGGCGGAAAGGUUUGUGGAUACGUUUAAAAGAGCACUGCUCAAGUCAAAAGGGGAGGGGACACCAGCCGAAACGUUACAAAAUUUCUUGUACGUCUAUCGGACAACACCAAAUGAAUUGUUACCGGAGCAAAAGUCCCCAGCUGAAAUCCUGAUGGGAAGAAGAUUGAAAACGAUCCACAGCCUGAUGCAUCCGACUAAUGCACCCUCAUCAGUAAAGACAAAGCAGCAAAGACAAUCCGCUUACGAAGUAGGAUGCCCUGUGUUUGCCCGCGACUACAGAACGAACCAUGGUCCUUGGGUAGAAGCGAGAGUGGUCAGAAGGGUUGGUCGAGUUAUGUACGAAGUAGAGGUAGGAGGUGAUAAAUGGUCACGUCAUCGCAAUCAGAUACGCAGACGGCUAGCCCCAGAUCGCCCAUCAAGAGCAGAAAGCCUUCCCCUUGACAUCUUGCUUGAUACCUUCAACCUACCGAGAGCCCCGCCACGAGAAGAAACUCAGCAGCAAGCUGUUCUUCGUUCCCGAAGGUAUCCCCUCAGACAGCGGCGAACAAUAGUCAAGAUGCAAGUCAACCACAGGAGAACACGCUAUUAAAAAGGGGAGGAGUGUUGGGGAUGUUAGAUCCCCAAAAUUCGCUUGAUAAUGCCGUAUUUCGGUUUUCACGUUCGCCAGCAGGGGCUGAUCAAAUGACCUUGAGAUUUCAAUUCCCACCAGGAAAAUCCAUGGCUGUGAUUGGCUGCUGUGUAUUUUAGUAUGCUAUUUCCUUAACUGUCUCAAGGACGUUGUUAUGUUGUAUAAAUAAACGAGAGUUGUAUGCUUGAUUGUACUGGGAUUGCUGGGUGCUUGUAGAAUAUACUUUCAACGCUUACCAAGACUUCUGUUUUACCGUUUGGAUUCAAGGUAGCCUUCCUGGAAGCUGGUAAAAGUAUCGUUCGCGUUUAUCGACUAAGGUAAACUCGUAAUAGCAUCAAGCAUACUACUAAGUGCCGAACAUAUCAGUGGCGACGGGGCUCACAAUUCACAAUGUCAAUUAACCUUGAACAGUUAGAAUCUUUACUGGAACGUCAAG